AUGCCUCUUCUUAGAGCAUCUCGUCCCAAGGUCCUCGUGCCUGAAAAGCUGUCACCAGAUGGACUGGCUCUUCUGCGUAGCUCACUAGAUGUCCAUGAACGAAAAGGUCUCAGUGCGGAUGAAUUACUUCAGAUAAUCCCAGACUACGAUGCACUUCUCGUUCGCUCCGAGACCAAAGUUACUGAAACUGUGCUGCGAGCUGCAAAAAACCUCAAGGUUGUAGCACGUGCUGGUGUUGGAGUUGACAAUGUUGAUGUCGAGGAGGCUACAAAGCUCGGAAUUGUUGUGGUUAACUCACCUUCAGGGAACAUUGGCGCUGCCGCUGAGCAUACAAUUGCAUUGAUGAUGUCCAUGGCGAGAAAGAUCCCCGAGAGCUGUGCUAGUCUCAAAGACGGGAAAUGGGAACGAAGUAAAUUCGUCGGCGUGGAAGUCAAGGGGAAGACCUUGUCCAUCAUCGGUCUAGGAAAGGUGGGAUUGACAGUAGCACGACUGGCCAAGGGUUUGGGCAUGAAUGUGAAUGCCCUCGAUCCAUAUGCAUCCCCGGCAGUUGCGGCUUCGGCUUCGGUUGUCCUCGUAUCCUCGCUCCCGGAGCUGCUUGCAUCUGCAGAUUUUCUAACCAUCCAUACACCACUCAUUGCUUCAACUCGAGGGAUGAUCGCGGAGGCCGAGCUGGCACAGCUGAAGCCAGGUGCGCGGGUAUUGAAUGUAGCACGGGGAGGCACAUUCGACGAGGAUGCACUGCUUGCCGCACUGGAAUCAGGUCAUCUUGCCGGUGCAGCUAUUGAUGUCUUUACGUCAGAACCUCCUGCUCCUGAUUCAUCUGCGGCACGAUUAAUCGCCCACCCACGAGCAGUCGUAACACCGCACCUUGGUGCCUCAACAGUAGAGGCACAAGAGAACGUUUCAGUCGAUGUGUGCGAACAAGUACUGGAAAUCUUGCAAGGGUCGUUGCCGCGCAGCGCUGUCAAUGCUCCUCUCAUCCUGCCCGAGGAAUACAAAAAGCUGCAGCCAUUUGUACGACUGGUCGAAAAGAUGGGCAGCCUAUACACUCAGCACUACGCAGCUUCUCCUGGUGGAGCAAUGGGCAGGAACACCUUUGAUCUGAUCUAUCAAGGCGAGCUAGCUAGCAUUAACAACACAAAGCCGCUCUUCGCCGCUUUGAUUAAGGGUCUCCUUGCCCCUAUUAGUAGCAUUGAGGGACUCAAUAUUAAUAUUGUCAAUGCUGAGCUGGUGGCUCGCGAACGUGGCAUCUUUGUCUCGGAGCAGCACUCUCGCGAUCCGGCAGACCACUCGUCCUAUUCGUCGCUGGUCACUCUUGUUGCACGUCCACCCUCUCGGGCAUCGUCCCGAGCUCCAGCUUCGGGAGACAUCUCCAUUGGGUCCAUUCCAGACCAACAGCAGCGAAUUAUUUCUGGCACCUGUUCCGGAGAUCAGCCCUUGAUAACUCGCCUGGGUCGAUUUGAAGCUUCUUUUGAGCCAGAGGGAACCUUGUUGAUCUGUGAAAACUAUGACUCGCCAGGAAAGAUCGGUGUUGUGGGGAAUAUUCUUGGUCAAGAGGGUGUCAAUAUCAAUUUCAUGACUGUUGCCCCUGUGUCAACCAAGCUAGCUACCAAUGAAAAGCCAAAGCCUCUUCCGGCGGAUGGAGGCUCUGAAGAGCUAGCUUUGGAUGGCCAUUCACUCAACGAAGCCUUGAUGAUUCUUGGCAUUGACAGAGGAGUUCCUGCUCAUGUUACUGCUGCUUUGGCCAAGGAAACUGGAAUCUUGACCACGUCUCUUAUGGCCAAGAGUAUAACCCCCCCUCUCGCCCUUGAACUCCUUGUUUCCACGUCUGAAUUUCAAUUAUCUGGGAAGACCACUAAAAAGACCACUAAAAAGACCGCUGGAAAGACCGCUGGAAAGACAUCACAAGGCUUAUGCGGCCAAACUAUUCUUGAAUCCUUCAAGCAGGUCACAAAGGAAGCACUGACGAAGACCGAACACGAGUUGGAGGAGGAGACCGAACGUGUGGUCAAGUCAGUGCAGAAGGGGGACGGCUACCUGCGAGCCGGCAAGAAGCUGUCGAAGAAAUAUGCGCAGCUGAAGUCUGAGCACGACGCUCUUGUGGGGGCGAAACAGGCCCUUGAGGAUGAGAACGCAGCCCUCAAUGAAGCACUGGAGGAAGAGGAGUCCGAGAACCGCGUGUUGGAGCAGGCGGGCGAUCAGCUCAUGAAGGAGACUGACCGCCUAAUCCUCGCGGCUACGGACAGAGUGAGCAACCUUGAACAAUAUGGUAUGAGUGCUUUUUUUCUGGCAAGUGUACAGGCAAAAACCCCUUGA